CCCGGCAGAUAGGACAACAUGGCUGCAGCUGCGGGCCGAUACUACGGAGAAGGAGGCAGAGCGACGAAAAGACAGAAAACCGAGGACGGAGGAAUGACAACGGAGAGCUACGAUGACCCUCAUAAACCACUGCCCUCCCCGGUGGUGCAUAUCAGGGGCUUGGUGGACGGUAUCAUGGAGGCUGACCUGGUGGAGGCCCUCCAAGAGUUUGGGGCCAUCAGUUACGUGGUUAUGAUGCCCAAGAAGCGCCAGGCCCUGGUGGAGUAUGAGGACAUGAAUGGCUCCUGCAAUGCUGUUACAUAUGCCGCAGAGAACCAGGUUUACAUUGCAGGCCACCCUGCCUUCAUCAAUUACUCCACUAGCCAGAAGAUCUCCCGGCCAGGAGACUCAGACGACACCCGGAGUGUCAACAAUGUGCUGCUUCUCACCAUCAUAAACCCCAUUUAUCCUAUUACCACGGAUGUGCUCUACACCAUUUGUAACAACUGUGGCCCUGUACAGAGGAUUGUCAUCUUCAGAAAGAAUGGUGUUCAGGCAAUGGUUGAAUUUGAUUCAGUCCAAAGUGCCCAGAGGGCCAAAGCCUCUCUGAACGGGGCAGACAUCUAUUCUGGCUGUUGCACUCUAAAGAUUGAAUAUGCCAAGCCAGCACGCCUUAAUGUCUUCAAGAAUGAUCAAGACACGUGGGACUACACAAACCCCAACCUGAGUGGCCAAGAUGCUGAUGGUGAAGGCAAUUGGAACAAUUCCCAAGAUCCCAAUGCCAAUCCCAACAAACGCCAGAGGCAGCCUGCUCUUCUGGGAGACCACCCACCUGAUUAUGGUGGCCCUCAAGGAGGUUAUCAUGGUUACAAUGACGACAGCUACGGUCCCCCUCCUCCCCACCGCAUGGGGCCAGGGAUGGGUGGGCGUGGUCGGGGUAGCCAGCGCUAUGGCCCUGGAUACGGACCACCACCUCCUGAGUAUGGUCCUCACGCUGAUUCCCCAGUUCUUAUGGUAUAUGGCCUUGAGCCCUCUAAGAUCAAUGCUGACAAGGUCUUCAACAUCUUCUGCCUCUAUGGCAACGUAGAAAGGGUUAAGUUUAUGAAGAGUAAGCCUGGGGCAGCAAUGGUGGAGAUGGGAGACUGCUACUCUGUGGACAGAGCCAUCUCUCACCUCAACAAUAACUUCCUGUUUGGACAGAAGCUCAACGUUUGUGUGUCCAAGCAACAGGCUAUCGUGCCAGGACAGUGUUACCAGUUAGAGGACAACACCAGCAGCUUCAAAGAUUUCCACGGUUCCCGCAACAACCGCUUCACCUCUCCAGAGCAGGCAGCCAAAAACAGAAUCCAGCACCCCAGUAAUGUCCUCCACUUCUUUAACGCACAGCCUGACAUAUCUGUAGAGAUCUUCAACCAGGUCUGCGAUGAACUGGGAAUUAAAAGCCCCGCAAGUGUGAAACUUUUCACUGGAAAGAGUGAGCGAAGUUCAUCUGGCCUGUUGGAGUGGGAAUCCAUUAAUGAUGCCAUGGAAGCCCUAGCUAUGAUGAACCAUUACCAGAUGAAAAACCCUAGUGGGCCUUACCCUUACACACUGAAGCUGUGUUUCUCAACCACACACCAUGCCAACUAACUAUUCUCCCCUCAAGCUAUUUGUAAUGUUUCGUGUCUUUGCAUAGUACUCCGCCGUUCUUUUGUUAUGUCCCAUUAAACUUUAAAUCAGUAUUGACAAAGACUAGGAUUUGUGUGCUUGAGAAAAUGUUGCUUUAACUAUGGUUUUGUAUGAUUUAUUUUACUUUUAUCACUUUUUUCAAUUGUUUAUUUUGUAUGUUCACAACAUUAGAUUUAAGUAAUUCCCCACCACCCUGAAAUAACAUUUAAAUGUGGACCUCUGUUUUUGGUUUUUAAAUAAAGUUAACAAUAACAAUUAUGUGAAUACUGAUUUAACCAGUGUUCACAUCUUCAGAAAUGGUUUGUAUUGUAUGUCUCAUCCUUUCUUGACAGAGAAACAUUUGAUUCCAUCCAUGGGGAAAAAAAACCACCACUGGUUUGCCAGUUGUUACAAAGAGAAGCAGCAGUAGUUUUGUGGAUCAAACAGUCACACAGACAUUCCCACAUAUCUGCAUUAGGAGAAGGCCUGAAUCAGAGCUCGCGUCCAUAUACACUGGUUGUGAAUUGUAAUCUUGUAAUGACAUGCAUUCAGACCUGCACUGCAUUACUGUCAGUAUUAUGGUUUGUAUUCAGAAGUGCUGGAUGGAUCAGUGCUGUUAAAAUACAUGGCAGAAAACACAUUUUUUUACUUAGAUAUUCAGCUUAAUAUCUGAAUUCUGUAGUAUUUAGUUAUUAGCAACACAUCCAAUAAUACUGUACUAGCACAAGUACUUGCGUUUUACCUUUGGACCAUACUGUAUAAUUGUGUCUCUAUUGUUUGAAUUAUGUGUUGGCUGCAUGCAUGUCUCCA